AUGGACACAUUGCCGUCCGAGACUCUUCAUCGCAUUUUCGAGCACUUUGAAUGUACGAUCCCUUUUGACAACUGGGAGCAGGGCUACAUCGCCGACAUUGAAUGUCCACCGCCAAGGGACCUGAUCGCGCUCUCGCGAGUGUGCCGCCGGUUUCGCGAUGUCUCCCGCCCUCUCAUCUACCGCACAGUCGCAUUCCAGUGGCGCGAGGACAAGUAUGAGGAGAAGAUAAUCGAGACAUUCUUGCGCACGCUAUGCGACGAUCCUCAUCUCGGGCUCAUCAUUCGAGACUUCCACGUGGAUUACUGGAGAGCCUGGAACCUUGAGGCAAUUAACAUAGCCCGCAAACUUCUAGCUACACCGGAUAAUCUGGAUGAGAGGCAGCAGAGAUGGCUGCGGCGAUGGCUGGCGGCGGAAAGACCGUGGGCGGGCAAUGAUGAUCUCAUGCUCAUUCUUCUCAUUCUCACCCCCCGCCUACGCAUGCUCGAUUGCGGGCAGACGACUGCGGACGGGGGAGUUGCAGCUUACCUCAGCAGAAGGCAGGAUGUGGAAGAUCAUUUCUUCGAGAAGAUUUCGUCCAAAGACUCUUUAUCUGGGGAUAUGCUUUCCGAGGACGAGCAGAUUGGUAGUGAUAAUGAUGACGACGACGAUGGUGAUGAGCCCGGUUCUGAUUCUGAUAAUGAAGACAACAAUAGCGAGGCCGCAAGUAUCAUAUCGAGCAAGGAAACUGCCCAUAAGCAUGCUGUCCCACUUGGCCACCCCUUUGCGCAGCUCAGGGAAGUACGGUUCAGGCACGAUUUCGGCAAUGGCUUUGACAGCGCUUCAGAGAUCGAAGGCGUGCUUUUACAUCCUGGAAUCGAGACUCUUCGGCUCUUUGCCUUCACUUGGGCAAAGGAAGAUGUCAAGAGGAUGCAUUGGAGCCAUAUUCCGAGCAGCCUCACGUCUCUGCAGAUGAAAUCUUCCAUUGUUGAUGCUGCCGGUCUGAAAGAUAUUCUCAGCCGGUGCAGACAGCUUCGGAGUCUGCAUAUUGUCUUGGCUGUUAUUGGCAGGAUGGACUCGGAUGAACAGGCCGACGAUAUUGAUUUCAAUAAGAUAGGAGCUGUGUUGAGAAAAUAUGGGCAGCGCCUCGAGACGUUUGAUUUCGAGACUGAAGGUUUCAGAGGCUAUUUCGGGCACGAUGGCCAUCUGGGAUCCUUGAAGAACUUGAAAGCACUGAGAAAACUCAAGCUGAGGAGUGAAGAUCUCGAAGAGGAUUUCCCGCAAGGUGAUGAGGGUGAACUGGCAGCCAGCUUAAGAAAUGUUCUGCCUCCACGACUGGAAUCAAUCUACAUCCGCGGCUCCGCUGUGCCGGGCGGUGACGGGGUUCCUCGUGCACUUCUUACGGACAAAUUUUUUACUGCACUACGUACAGUUGAAGUAGAGGAUUUUGAUACCAGUAAUCCUAAAGAUCUAAUAGUGCCAGGAUGGAGAAAGUCUGAAAGGAUCGACUGGGUUAACAGAAAUGAGAGUGAAGAAGGAGAGCUAGAGCCGCUUACCAUCGUCAUCUUUUCGCGAGAUGCAUAA